ACUUUAUGAAUAUUAAUGACUUAUUCCAGCAGUACGUCAUAACAUUGCAAUCUGCUCACCUCCGAACGCUAUAGGAACAAAUUUCGCAUUUUUAGCUGACUGCAGUCGAUGACAAGCGUUAACGGUACAACUAACGAAUUCCUAUAUUUACUCCAACGUUAAAGUAGAUUGGUCGAGUGGAAAAUUUUAUCGAAAUCAGCUGUAAAAAACGUAGCUAGGCUAUUAGGUCAAGUUUUGACAGGCGCCAUCUUUAGGCGCGAAAUUACGAAUUAUGGACAAAAAUAUGAUGGGUCAAGAGGCAGACGGUGAUUUUGAACCACAGCAAUUUAGACUACGAGCAAAUACGUGGCCUAAUCGCCCUGUCGAACUUCAACUUACGGAACAGUCAAGUCCAGGAGAAACAUCUGCAAGCCCCGCCGAUCCUACUCCCGUUCCAAAGAAAUCGAAUUCCAGGAGAAAUGCGUGGGGUAAUAUGAGCUACGCAGAACUAAUUACAAAAGCUAUAGAAAGCAGUCCAGACCAACGGUUAACUCUGGCCCAGAUCUAUGACUGGAUGGUAAAGAACGUGGCGUAUUUCAGAGAUAAGGGUGACAACAAUAGUUCGGCAGGUUGGAAGGUAAGUGUUUUUUUUAAACGUUAUCUGGACGGUCAUAGUCCAAAGGAUUUGUUUAAACGGCUAGGAAACGUUUGGUGUUAG